CUAAGUAUUAAAGAAUCAGGCCUAAUAAAGAUGUACACAAUGUUAAACAGCCAUUUGGAUUGGUUUCCUUAGACUGAAAAUUGAACGACCUGCUCCCAGGAGAUCUCAGCUUCUUCCUUCCCAAUUUCGAACUGGUUACCCCCUUCACUGCAUCCCACAUUAAAAAUUAGCUUCUCCCUCCUCUUUCUCACUCAAAAUCAAAUUCCUAAGGUUUUGUCUCCCUCACCCCAAUACCUGCUUCCCAUGGCUUCUCACACGCAUCUCGACGAUGAUGACGAUUUUGGCGGUGAUUUUCCCCGCAGUCAUAAUACCAGGCGUUCAGGUAGUAAAAGAAGCUUUGGUGAUCUUGAGGAUGAUAUUUUUGGAUCAAAAAAGGGCAACUCUAAGGUAGAAGAAACCACCCCUGGUGUAGCAACAGGGAUGAUUUUGUCACUUCGUGAGAGUCUUCAGAUUUGUAAGGAUACCCUUGCAACAUGCCAAAUGGAGCUUGAAGCUGCAAAAUCAGAGAUUCAGAAAUGGCACUCUGCCUUUUGGAAUGAGCCCUUCAUACUAUCUGGAACAGCUCCUGAACCCAAGUUAGUAAUAAAUUAUCUUCAAACUCUGAAAUCCUCUGAGGAAGCACUGAAAGAACAGCUAGAAAAAGCAAAGAAAAAAGAAGCUGCAUUUAUUGUAACAUUUGCAAAGCGUGAGCAGGAGAUAGCUGAGUUGAAGGCCAGAAGGUUACUACUGGAUCCUGCCAUUCAUGAGGAAUUUACACGUUUGAAGAAUAUGGUUGAGGAAAAGGACAAGAAGGUUAAGGAGCUGCAGGAAAAUAUUGCUGCUGUUAGUUUUACUCCACAAAGCAAAAUGGGAAAGAUGCUGAUGGCAAAGUGUAGAACCUUGCAAGAGGAAAAUGAGGAGAUUGGUACUCAAGCAGAGGAAGGAAAGAUGCAUGAAUUGGCCAUGAAACUUGCAUUACAUAAAUCUCAGAAUGCAGAACUCAGAAGUCAAUUUGAAGUACUAUACAAACAAAUGGAGGGGCUGACAAAUGAUGCAGAAAGAUCAAAUGAAACGGUGUAUAUCUUGCAAGGGAAACUAGAAGAGAAAGGCAAUGAAAUUAAAAGGUUGAAGCUGGAACUGCACCAGAAGACCCUGAUGGAAGAGGAUAAUAAGACAGAUAUAGCCUUUGCUACUGCUAAUCAGGUAAAAGAUAAGAUGAUAACCGAUGAAACCAGGAAAAGUAAACAAGUAGACAUAGCAUUAUUUUAGGAUGUCAUUAUUUCACCCAAAUUUUUGUUGUUUGUACAUUUAAGAUGGUUUUAUUAUUAUUUUUUAAUUGUUAAUGAAUUUUGAAGCCCAUUAGUCUUGUGGAAUUGCAUUUUUGAAGUGCAAAUCCAUAGUAUGAGGUAAACUUAACCAUCUAUGCGGUGUGGGUCGCAUCAUGUUGUUGCUUUGUCAAAAUUUCAUUUGUGGCCUCUUUGAUAAUUGUUUAGCUUUUUUUGCAUGGAAAAUUUGGUAUUUUUGGCAACUAUUGUCCGGUUUAUUCUUGUUUGCCCUCACUUUUGGGAGAACAAGUGUCUUUUGUUUAUUACUUUUGCUAUUUGUAUUUCACUCGUUUUGCAAAAAUAAUAUA